AUGGAUCUCGUGCUGUUGAUUGAUAUUUUUAACGAUGUUUUUGGAAUUACCCUGCCGGUGUUUGCCAUCAUUUUGGUUCUCCGAAGAACACCAAGUCAGCAUGUCAGAGUUUAUUCGAGGAUGCUGAUAGCCAGCUGCAUUUUGGACAUAAUUUACACAAUAACCAAUAUUGUCUCUAUGAUUGUAAGUUGUUUAUUUAUAUUAACAUUGAACGACCAAAAUAUCUGAAAUUUAGACGUUAAUCUUUGCUGAGCGAAAAGUCUUUUUCAUCAUCCGGAACCAAUACCUCUGGCCCUACCAUUUGGCUUGGACAUGUGCCCUUCUGGCCCAUCUUUACUGCAUUUUUGUCUCGAUUAUUUUAAUUCCCAUUCAAUUUAUGUAUCGGUACAAAGUUGUGACUUCCACCACUACAUCUUACACAGUUCUGGCCCUUCUUUAUUACCGCCAUCUAUGUGGCAAUGCAUCAUAUUCUACUGCCAUUUACGUUUCAAACCACUGCUAA